ACCUGAGCCACAAAUCACACGCACGCAAAUAAAAGUAUUACUCCACAAAACACACUGCAGCUGCCAGAAAGAAAAGAAUUCUUGGCUACAAUUCGUUUGCUGCUAUUAUUAUGCAUUCAGAAGAAGAAAAUAAUAAGAACUCGUUGCCAAUAAUGGCGACUACUACUACUACUACGGCUGUUAAUACAAACAAUAACAACAACAACAACAAUAAUAAUAGCAAUGAUAGUUCUGGAAAAAAGGUAAGGAAACCUUAUACAAUUACCAAGUCCAGAGAAAGCUGGACUGAUGAAGAACAUGAUAAGUUCCUAGAAGCUCUUCAACUGUUUGAUCGUGACUGGAAGAAAAUCGAAGACUUUGUCGGUUCUAAAACAGUCAUUCAGAUACGGAGUCACGCUCAGAAAUACUUUCUAAAAGUUCAAAAGAACGGAUCAAUAGCACAUGUACCACCACCUCGUCCUAAGCGCAAGGCCACACAUCCUUAUCCCCAAAAGGCUCCCAAAAAUGUUUUAUUGCCGCUUCAAGCAUCCAUGGCUUAUCCUUCCUCACUGAGCGCCCUUGCGCCUGGAUACUCUCCGUGGGAUGAUACUUCUCUGCUAAUUAGUUCUGGUGGACUAAUGGCAUCACAAGAUGAAUACGAGCUCCACGGAUUUGAAGCUGAUACUGGAUCAAAUGGGACAGGAAAGAUUGGUAAUACCAGCAGUAGUGGCAUAGGGAGCUCAAGUAGAGAAAUGCCUAGUUCUGAAUUAUCAAAGCAAGGGGAUGACGGUGCUGCAGUCCAUGGUAUACCAGAUUUCUCUGAAGUGUAUAGCUUCAUUGGAAGUGUUUUUGACCCAGAGACUAAAGGGCAUGUGCAGAAACUAAAGGAGAUGGAUCCUAUAAACUUUGAAACAGUCGUAUUAUUAAUGAGAAAUCUCACAGUCAACUUGUCAAACCCAGAGUUUGAGCCGAUGAGAAAGGUUCUGUCAUCAUAUGACAUCACUUCUACCAAAACUAUAGGAGUUUCUGCAGGCAAUGUUUACGAACAACCAGAGCAAUGAGAUUAUUGUGUCGAACCAUAGGGGCGCCCUCGUAAUUAUUAUGUAAACUAUAAAUGAGAACCGUGUAGUGAAGCUUCUAAUAGCAUGUUCUAUGGAUUGUGGAAACCAUCCAAAGGAAGGUUGAAGCAAGCUAUGAUCAAAUAUCCAAAAGAAGUCCCAUCUGAUUUGGAGGCCAAAUAUUGAAUAAGAAGAUGGUCACACGGUUUUGGGGCUUGUAGCCAGAUAUGGGGUGAAUUUCUUGCAGGGUCUGCCCAUCUUGGCAAGUCCUGUUGUAAUUUAUUCUUCUCCAUUUUGAUGUUUUUAGCUGCGUGCAUAGUAUAUUGUAAGAGUGUUGCGGUACAUGUAAAAGAUGGAAAGUAAUAAUGCAUACAAAGAGGUUUUGCAGAUCAAUUUGUGCUGUAUGUAACAUUAGUUUGAACAUGAAUAGUGAUCUACUUCUGUGCUUCAA